AUGUCUUCGACAUCUCAGAAACACAGAAACUUUGUGACAGAGCCAAUUGGAGAAAAACCGGUAUACGCUCUUGGAGGCAUCGGCGAGGUCCUUGGCAAAAGACUGGAGGAAAAAGGCUUCGACAAGGCGUACGUCGUCCUCGGACAAUUUCUGCUGCUGAAGAAAGAUUCAGAGCUUUUCCGAGAAUGGCUAAAGGACACUUGUGGUGCAAAUACAAAACAGCAAGGUGACUGCUUCAACUGCCUUAAAGAAUGGUGUGAUUCCUUCCUUUAA